AUUAGAAUUUAGUCUUAUUUUAAAACGGCAGCGAUAAACAUCGAAAACUGAAAACGGCGGAAAACAAAAAUAAAUAAUACGAUUAUAAAAAUAAAAAGAAAUGAUAACAAUUUUCCAAAUACUACUACUCUUAGGAGUAUGUGGUAUAAUUUGUGAAGCCAUACCAGUGACACAAAAUUAUACUCAAGAUUUGUUGAGAUUAGCCAAGUCUUCGGAAAUUAAGGCCUAUUUGAAUGAGGAGAAGCCACCAUGUGAAAAUUUCUAUAAAUUUGCCUGUGGCAAAUGGUCCAGACUGCAUCCAGCUCCACCCAAAGGCAAGAGCAGUAAUCUGGGUCAAUUGAAAAAUCUGUACUGGCGUAAAUGUGCCGAUAUGUUGGCCAGUGAUGGCAGAAUCGAUUCGGGUUUGGAUAUAAAACUGAAAAACUUUUAUGAAUCUUGUUUGGAAACGGCCAAAAUCGAUCGCAUGGGUUUGGAGCACAUAAUGAAUGAAGUUGAUUUAAAGGGAGGCUGGCCGAAAGUGUUAAAUGCCAAAUGGUAUGAGUCCGAUUAUGAUUGGUUGAAGGUGGUGGCCAAGAUGAGACGAAAUUUGGGAGUGGACAUAAUGAUUGGUCUUAAGGUGGUGCCCGACUUUAAGGAGAAGGAUAUGCAUCGCAUUAUGGUGGGAGCUCCUGAUUUGUAUUUGUCUCAGCAGGCCUAUUUAUUAGAGGACGAAGACAAUGAACGUUUGAGAACUGCCUACACCAUGAGCAUACAAAUCCAAUUACAGCGUUAUUUCCCUGAUAUGUCCGAACAAUGGUCUAAUGAGGUGGCCCAACAAGUGGUUCAGGUGGAAAGACGUUUAGCCGCCGGUUUUGCUAGACCUGAUUUGACGGUACAACAAAAAUCUCGCCUAAGAUAUACGGCCGAUUUAAAAGCAGCCUAUGGCAGUUAUGUGGAUAUUAAUCGUUAUUUAAAUUUAAUAUUCAAUUCUACCUUCUAUGCCCAAGUUUACGAAAGUCCCAUUGAUUAUUUCUCAAAUUUAAUGGAUGUUAUCAAGGAGACCCCGAAACUUACAAUAGCCAAUUAUACAAUGUGGAAGGUGUUGAAUAAAUUCGAUUUGGAAAGAGCCCACUAUGCCAAGAGUAGCAACUUUUGCGUCAACAAGGUCAUGGAAUAUUUCCCCGAAGCUUUGGAGAAUAUGUUCGCUCGCAACUAUCACACCAUGCAAAUGUCCAACGAGUUGCAGUCAGUUUGGUCUGAUAUUAAGAAAACUUUCCGUGAGGAAUUACACUCUUCUCCCAAAUUAUCUUGGGUAGGCUCGGACACGAAACAGAAAAUCGCCGAGAAAUUAGAUGCUAUGGAUUUUGAAUUGUCCUCGGCAAAUACAGCCUAUGCUGAGCAAAUGCAAAAGGUGUUGGUGAGAAAAACAAAUUACUACCAAAAUCUCAUAAGCAUUUGGCAAUGGCAGAGCGCUCACAAUUUGGCCAAACUCAAUGAAAGACCUUCGGAGCCAGAGGAGAAAAUCGAUUUACCCCACUAUUCCUAUGAAAAUAAUAAAAUAUUAAUUCCCAUUACCUUCCUGCAAUCACGUUUCCUAUGGGAUCCCUCCUAUCCUCAUGCUUUGCUGUACAGCACUAUGGGUUAUCUACUGGCCCAACAAAUGUUCAAAGCCUUCGAUUCUCAGGGACGUAAAUACGAUAAACAUGGCAAUCAAAAUGCUUGGAUGGACACCAUAACCGAGUACAGUUUCGACGACAAGGCCAAGUGCUAUGUGGAACAAUACACCAAUUAUAAAUUUCCCAAUUGGGUGCGCAGAGAUGAAAAGAAGCUGACCAACACCUAUGUUUCGGACAAUGCAGCUUUGAGUAUUGCCUACAAAGCCUACACCCAAUGGUGGGAGAAUGUGGCCAACAAUAUAUCAGCCGAACAAGAGUCCUUGCCGCUACUCGACAAAUACUCCCGCACACAAUUGUUUUUCAUUGGUUUUGCUCAACUCUGGUGUGCCGACUAUUCGCCCGAUAUUGAGGAGUUCGAAGAACUGCCCGAACGUUGGCGUGUUAUUGGUGCUUUGGCCAAUUUGAAUGAAUUUGCCCGGGUAUAUGAAUGCGAUUUGGGCAAUAAAAUGAAUCCAGAACAAAAGUGUGUUUUGUAUAAAAUGCUUAGGAAAGCAAUAUUACUAAACCCCAUCAUAGUCAUCCUGUUAAUAUGGCCGUAUUCAAGGACUUUAGCACAAACUACCAUAUUUCCAAUAUUUAAACAAGAUGAAGCCAUACGUAAUGCUAGAACCAGAGAAAUACUUAAUUACAUGAAACUCUCCACAGAUCCCUGUGUGGAUUUCUAUCAGUAUGCCUGUGGAAAUUGGCACAAAUUCCAUACGCCUGCCAACAAACAAGAAAUUGAAACACCAAAAUCUCUGCUGGAUUCCAAAGUCAAUAAGGAUUUGCACAAACUAUUGGAUGAGAAUGUAACCAUAGACGAUACUAUGACGGCCAAGAAAGUGAAAACAUUUUAUAAAUCUUGUUUGGAAGCCAAAAAGAAUGAGUUGCAGCAACAGGUUUUCCUCAAUGAAUUUAUCAAGAACAAUGGAGGAUUUCCAGCCAUACCGGGCUCAAAUUGGUUGAUACAUCAUCACAACUAUGAUUGGCAGCAUAUAGUGGCGGGUUUGCGUUACAACUACGGCAUGGAUAUUUUGAUUGGCAUGGAAAUUGACAUCAAUUAUCAGAGCAUGCAUGAGAAUAGUAUUUACUUAGGUGAGCCCUCUACAAUUAUACCCAAGCAUUUGUGUAGUUAUCGGGGCACUCAACGUAUAGAGUUAACAGAUGGGGAAUAUGUGCCCAUAGAAACAGAGGUGUCAGACAAUUUGCGCUUGUGGCUGUCGCUAAAUAAGGAAGAAGCCUGGAAAUUGGCUGCCGAUAUUUUGACAUUUGAAUAUGAUUUAUGCACAGCCAUGUAUAUUAAUGAAGCUGAGGAGCAAGACUUCGUUGGCAGUGGUAGUCCCGAGGUGAUGCAUAAGAAAUAUGCUCGUAAAACUUUAAUAGAUUUUACACACCAGCUGCAGAAUAAAAUCGAUUUGAAUAGCAUAGUAACGGAAAGUUUUGGUGUUCCGGUCUAUAAGCCAGUCUUCAUGAAAAGUCCCCAAUAUUUUGAACAACUUGUAAGAGUAAUGGAUGAGAAUAAUAGCACAACAGUGGCUAAUUAUAUAAUGUACAGAGCAAUGUCUUACAUUAGUCUGCCCAUAAAUGACACCCUUCCAACACGACCUUCCUAUUGCCUGAAAAUUGUCAAGAAAUAUUUUCCCAAAAUCUUGGGCGACAUGUAUCAUCGUAAAUAUGCCAAUGUGGUGGAUCAGGAGCAAGUAGACACCAUAUUUGAAAAGCUUAAAGAUAUGUUCGCUGCCAGCUUCCAGAAAGAUUGGAUAGAAAGUAGUACGGCAAGACUGGGUAAAAACAAGCUGGCUGAAAUGAAUUUAUAUUUUCCCACAUACGAUAAAACAGCUUUGAAUUUGCAGUUUUCGCGCAGUGAUUACUGGACUAAUCUUAAGCUGAUAAUGGGUGAAGUAAGGGAUCAUGAGUUGAGUCGUGUAUUUGCCACUGGUUUGCCCAGGCCAAAAGAUGAGGUUGAGGCCUACGAAACUAGAAUUGUUUACAGGCCUUAUCACAAACGUAUCGAUAUGGGUUGGGGCUUAUUGCAAACUCCCUACUACCAGCCACAAAUGCCCAAUUCAAUGCGUUUCGCUAUUAUGGGCCAAAAAGUAGCAGAAACUUUAGCCAGAGCUUUUGAUGAUUACGGUUGGACUACGGACAUUACCGGUCACAAUAAUUGGGAUCCCAUUACAGCCGUAGAGUUCUACAAACGUGCCAAUUGUCUACGUCAACAAGUUGGCAACUAUUUAAACAAUGAUCCGGAUAGUUUUCGCAAUGCCACUAAAACAAGAGAACUUAUAGCUAAAAGUGCUGCCCUAAAUAUUGCCUUCAAUGCCUAUCUAGACUGGUUGAACUAUCAAAAUCCCAACAAUGAUCAUGGUGUUUUAUCACGUGAAACCUUGCCUGAGCUCAACUUCACCAAUACUCAAUUAUUUUUCAUAGCAUUUGCUCAAAUGCACUGUGAGGCCAAGAAGAAACGAUCGCAAAAGUCCAAAAGACCCUUGAUUAUUCUCAGCCCUUUGGAUGAGCACACAAUGACAAGGUACGAAGUCAAUGGCCCAUUGGGAAAUUUUCAGGAAUUUGCCCGUGAGUUUGGAUGUGCAAUUGGUUCGGAAAUGAAUGUAGCUGAUAAGUGCAUAAUUUAUUAAUAUGUUGA